ACAGCGGGGCAAGAUCUGAAAAAUACAAUUUAGUCUAAACGAAAGUAAAGAAGUGGCAGAGUCUGUGAAUUAUUAGCUGAAAAAGUGUGUGACACAUUGUGACAAAUUUAGAUCAACUGAGCGAGUGAGGAAGGCAAAAAGCGCAAAGGUCUUGCAGUUGCCGAAUAGUUCCUGCGCCGCGAACGACAGCAGCAACGCCUUCCAGCAACUGAUCCCGAGCCGACGACGACCACCACAUCCGCCACCAUGGAUCCGGAAGCAUUCCUCGAUAUCGCCAACCAGGUGAUAAAGCUCAAGAUGUUCCCGUACUUUGACAUCGCGCACAGCUUGCUGUGCGCGCUGUCGGUCAAGGAGGAUCUGGGCGCGGGGGCGCAGGCCUUCUCCCGGAAGCACCCGCUCGCCUGCUGGCUGUCGACGAUGCUGGUCGUGUUCGCCGGAGGCAUGGUCGCCAACGGGCUGCUCGGCGAGCCCAUCCUGGCCCCGCUCAAGAACACCCCCCAGCUGCUGGUGGCCACCGCUUGCUGGUACAUCGUGUUCUACACUCCGUUCGACAUUGGCUACAAGGUCGCCAAGUUCCUGCCGGUGAAAGUUGUUGCCAGUGCCAUGAAGGAGAUCUACCGCGCCAAGAAGAUUCACGACGGUGUGACGCACGCCGCCAAGCUGUACCCGAACGCCUUCAUCAUCAUGAUCAUCAUCGGUACGCUCAAGGGUAACGGAGCCGGCUUCACCAAGCUGCUGGAACGACUGAUCCGCGGCGUCUGGACCCCGACCGCCAUGGAGUUCCUGCAGCCAAGCUUCUACACCAAGGCCUCGCUGAUCGCGUCCAUCAUCUUCGUGCUGGACAAGAAGACCGACCUGAUCUCGGCGCCGCACGCCCUCGUCUACUUUGGCAUCGUCAUCUUCCUGGUGUACUUCAAGCUGUCGUCGAUCCUGCUCGGCAUCCACGAUCCGUUCGUGCCGUUCGAGAACCUGAGCUGCGCGCUCUUCUUCGGCGGCAUCUGGGACAGCCUGGCGAAGAUCCUCGGCCGCGGCCAGGCCAAGGAGGAGUCCAAGGACGCCAAAAAGUCCAACUAAGGCCCUGGUGGCAACGCAGCGUUGGCAGCAACAAAUCAAGACGACUUUUUUUUACCUUUUUGUAUAGUUUUAAGUUCCUUUAGUUGCGAGAUUACCUGUUUUUAUGAUUUUCGUACACAACAAACUCACAGAUCGGUGCAAUUUCGACGGUCUUAGAAUAUAAGGCACGAACUAGAGAACAAACGCCCAUUCUAGUCAAAUGGUACCAAAAUUUGCGAUAAAUUAGAUGAGAAAUGGACUUGAGACUCGCGACAGACAGACAGAGCAGACCGAAAGGGCGUCAACUUUAUCAUUCUCGAAAAAUGAGAACCCGAUUCCGGCUCAGCAAUUCACUGAUGCCAUCCGAGAAAUCGCGUCGAAAGCACGGUCCGAUCACAGUGGGUGAGAUUGGGCUGUCCUUUCGCGCGUUGAUUGACCAGACUCGACAGUUAUACUUUAGUUUGAGGCUGGAAUUGGGCGAAAUAUACAAGUGAUUCGAACAAA